UCUGAGCGGCUUGAACGUUUUUAUUAUUAUUAAUAUAUAUUUAUAUUUCGUUUUAAUUUACAAGUUUUCCAUGGUUCAUAAUUUUAAUAUUUUUAUACCGUUUUAUACAAUAAUAAAGUGUUUAUAGAUAGGCGUAAUUACAACAUUGAACGAACUUUUUUAAAACUACAAAAAGCGAAUCGGGAGUAUUUCGGCAAAAACAAAUUCAAGAUAGCAACAUUUAAGUUUUGACAGCAAGUUUUGGGCGGGCGAGUUUGACAGUUCGCGGGUUCGAAAUUUAAAAUUGACGUUUGAAUUACAACAUGGCGGACUGUGUGUUUGUCGGCGUGUUCGCCGGGUUCGUCGACCUCGCCGGACCUUCGCAAUAGGAUGAUAAACUUCCAAAAUAUUUGACGUCUGCUCUAUCCAUGCGGCGGUGACGCGAUGUCAGUCGCGCCGGCGGUGAAGCGCGAGCUGGACUUGGAGAGCGGCGGCGGCAGUCCCGGGCGAAAGCGGCGCAAACAGGCGGCGCCGACGCGCGCGCCCCAGCCCUUGCCGCCUCCGCCCCUCGACCUGCACGCCAAGAUGGCCGACAUCUACAAGAGCGCCCUCGCCUUCGGGGAACUCGCCCUCCCCACCUUCGAUCCUUUAGCCGCAUUCCGUCUGCUCCCCCGUCACGAACCACCUAGAAUAUUCAAUCCCGAGGCCUACUGUGACCUCUGCUGCAAGGAGUUCUGCAACAAAUACUUCUUGAAGACCCACCGGGCGAACAAGCAUGGGAUCUACGAUGGUGGGGAACCACAACCGGCUGCUCCGCCGCCUGCGCAACCAUCCCCACCGAGGCGGGCCUCAGAUGAAGAGUCGGGUGGAACACCGCGGCGUCUCUCACCAGAUUCAGCGAGGAGAGCACGCGAGGCUGGUUUUCAGCCUGACGCGCUACGGAGACUCGGUGUCGUUAACCCGGAGGCGUUCUGCGAAAUAUGCUGUAAGGAGUACUGCAAUAAAUAUUUUCUAAGAACGCAUCGGGAGAGAAGACAUGGCGUCCCAGCACAUCCAUCGCCCGCAGCGGAUCUGUCCCCGCCUUCGGCAACGCCACCGAUGCCACUCGGUACACCAACACCGUUGACGACACCACUGGCGACACCACCGGCGCUUCCGGCUCCACCACCUGACACUCCUCCUCGGUCUCACUCGCUCCCACCACCAUUUGAUCCAGAAGAGAUGGCCGAAGUAAAACGCGAGUGCGAAGAAGAUUUUGAGGCAGCUCUACGCGAUGGUCAAACGAGCCCGUUAAAUUUAAUUGUGGAGGAACGCGGCACUGUGUCGCCCGGUUCUGCGAGUGAGGAGUUGCGGAAAUUACAAACGAUGAUUUCGCAGCUGAACGAGCUCGCGGCCGAGCGGCUCUCGGAUGAGCCUUCCGAUCCUGGUCCGCGCCCACCCUCUUCGUCUCCGCCGCCACCUGACGAGCGUCGUGCUUCUUCUUCAGGGUCUAGUUUUUGCGAAAUUUGCAAUAAGGAGCUGUGCAAUAAAUAUUUCAUGCGCACACAUAUGCAACGUAUGCAUGGCAUCUCUCUAGAGAGCGGCACGCAACUAGGCGGCGUCACCUGCGACAUCUGCCACAAGGAGCUAUGCAGCAAAUAUUUUCUACGCGUGCAUAAGCAUAACACGCACGGUAUUCCCGCACCACCGGCGCCGACGAACGCCGCGCCCGCCGAGCCGUGUCCGCUGUGCGCUCGCCGAUUUCGUGGGCCGCGAGCGCUGCGCGCACACCUGCUGGCCGAACACGCGCCGCCAGCCAGACCGCCGCCGCCGCCGCCGAGACCCCUAGACCUGCUCGCCAGAGACAAGCCGUACGCGUGCUCCUACUGCCCGUUCACGACGGACGUGCUCGCGUUCCUGUUCGCGCACGAGCGCGCGCACGCCCAGCAGCAGGUGAACGAGUCCUCCGAGAUCGGCAACGAGCCCAACAACGGCGUCGGGUGCGCGGAGGCGGAGGGCGGCGAGAGCUCCGGGUCGGCGGGCGAGGCGGGCUCGGCGGGCGAGGCGGAGGCGGAGGCGCAGUACUCGUGCUCGCGCUGCGAGUUCCGCGCCGAGGGCUUCGCGGCGCUGGAGGCGCACCUGCGCGCGGCGCACGGCGGCGCGGGCGCGCUGCUGGCCGUGCCGCGCGCGCCGCACGCGCCGCUCACCAUGCAGCCCUUCGUGGUGGAGGAGGCGGGCGGCGCGCUCAGCCUGGUGCCGGCGCUGGUGUUCCUGCCCGUGCGGCGGCGGGCCACGCGCCGCGCCACCGUCACGCUCACGCUCACGCCGGCCUAGCCGCCCGCCGCCGCCGCCGCCGCCGCCGCCCGACGCACGCGCGCGCCCGCGGCCCGCGACUACACCGCCGCGUGCGCGCGCCUACGAUCGCUGAACUGUACUAACUACAUUUAACGCUGUGUGCCUUCAAGCGAUUGCUGAAAAAUAUUAUGAGACGUAAUUAUAAUCGGAGAAGCUGUCCGCGGCCGCCCGCCCGAGCGCCACACCGCGCGGCGGCCCCCGGCCUCUUUUUUUUGUCAGAGUCUAACUUCAUAUAUUGAGAAUUAUAUUGAACGGGUGAUAUAUGAAACGUUACCGCUUAUAAAUUCGAUUAUUUAUUAUUAUCUCCUCGAUGUUCCGUCGGGUCGGUCCGAGACGAGUUUUUGAAACGUCGAUUUCGAUCGGGAGAAGAAAUACACCCUAGGAAUAAUUAUUAUUUAAACGUAUUAUAUCGGUGAGUGCGCACUCACGAUAGCGUCGUAGUACCGGUGCGAUGUUGAUCACUGAGCGAGCGCCUCGGUGGCACGACACGGCGGCGGCGAGCGUCGCCGCGCCGCGGACGGCUCGCCCUCCACCACAGUACGGGCCGACGAGCCGGGUGCCACUGCACCACGCCUCAUACAUGUACUACGACAACCGCUCUACCUCACGACGUUAGGUUUUAUAUUAGCUGUUAUUGUAUAAAUUAUAUUUUCGAGUUACCAUAAAGUACAAAUAUACUUACCGCGUUACUACGCCGCGCCGGACGGAGACCGGCGCCCAUGUUACGAGUAGCUACUCGAUACUAUUUAUUGUUGUCUACGAGUGACUUAAAGCACAAAGAUACGUACUAUUGGGCAGUGAUCAACAUUAAACGUAAUUUUAGUAUUAAAUUUGAUUAGAUAUGUGGUCGUGGGGCUCGGUCAGACUGUUUUUGUUGUGUAAUACACCAAUCAUGAUACGGGUCAUUGUUUCGGGUCUGGAUUUGGGCGCAGCUCUGUCCAGCCCCUUUAGUCGUUCGGCCGGGCUUUCAUUUACACUUAUUUGUAUUGUAAUCGAUAACAUAAUAUUAUUAUGUUACUGCAGGCGAUACUGGUCUUACUCCUCUCCGAUGUGACCCCUUUACCUUUAGAGUAAUUAAACAAUAUAUUUACAAAUGUUUUAAAAACUAUGUUUUCUACUAUAGAAUAUCUAGGAAACACAAUUAUGAAGUCUCCAAUUGUUCAAGGUUCGUUUACAUGAAUGAAAAGUUUUAAAGUAAUUAAUCAAGCGUAAACACCAUUUACAAAAGACUGAAACGUAAACUAUAUACCUCAGCGGCGCAGUGGAGAUGAAUAAGACUAGGCGAGUGUUCGCCGAAUAUUAUUAUCUUGGUAAUCAAGACUUAUUUGAUGGGUAAAAAGGUAACAAAGUUUGUUUAAAUAAUUCAUUAUUCGGUAGAUCAGUGUGGAGGUUAGCUUGUACAAACCAUGCAGCUUCUAAACAAAGUUCCUAUGUAUGUACGUAAGUUGUAAUUUAAAUUAAAAACUAGAGGUCGCGGUGGGAACGGCUCGGGAGCGGUCACUUAGAGGCUUGACACCUGAUACUAAAAAUAAUGUUGUGAUUGUUGAUCAGGGUAAAGCUAAACAUUACGCUUUUGUCGAACAAGACAUUGUUGUUUUACAGUUCCACUUGUUUGAAGAAGUCCUUGUUGUACAAACGUAAAUUUACGAAAACUCAGUGACGCAAAGCUAUAAUAGUUCCUAAUAAACCUUGCCAUUUAGACGCAAAACAUUCUGGUCUGGUAAUUUCGUACAGUUGUUAUUCUCGAUAGCCAUCUUCCUACUAGUCUUCCUGCGAGAACAGCCAAAUUCGCCCGCCGCUGCCGAGCCGAGACCGCCGCGCGCGAUACAACAAAUUAUAUUAAUAACGUUUUAAAUAAUAACAAAAUUAAUAAAAAAUGUACGCGUGGUGACGAUCCAACGAUGGCCGCGUAAGUUCUACACGAGAAGGGUAUUGUGGAACCACACGCUAUAGAGUUCAAUGCCACAGUUUUUACUAUUUGCGAAGUUACGCGACCAUUACAGAGGAGUCUCAUUGAAUGUAGUGAAAAUGUAUCGGCAUUGUGUUCAGAAUUAUUUCCCUAAACGCUUUGUACCUAGAGUGUGACAUUAGACAGACGAACAAUAGUACAAAUUUAAUAUAAAUAUACCAAUGCGUGAAAGGUAACGGAGGUUGGUGAACAAAUAAUAAAUCAGUACAAAUUAUUAUUAAGCGUAGUUUGUGAGGAGAAAGAAAUGACUACAAAUACAUUAGAGUUAUAUCACUCGGGUACAAAGCACAUAAUCAGUUGUUACAGUCGCACCGUUAUGCACUUUGAUUUUCACCAAUGUUAAAACUAUAACAGAAUUGUCUCUCAAUUUAUGAUGUUUACAAUUCCUAUUUUGAAUUAGUGUCAAACUAUUUCGAUUUUUAUUUGUUAAAUAUAAUGUAAUUGAAUUUUUGUGUAAUUUAUUUAUUGUAUUAACUAGUUUUUAAACAAAACAGAUAUUUUCAUAUAAUAUUAAUUAGUGAAAUGUGUAACAAAAAUAUUUGUAAUAAAAUAACAAAAAUGUCAACAACAACACUUGGAAUGCAGAACAAUCUGCAGUCUGGGUGACUGUCGUGACAAGAUUAUAUUUUUGAACUAAUCUAAGAUAGAACUGUGACUUUUCUGGAGAUAAUUCGAGUAAAUUCCUAACAAUAAAAUUAGAAAUACACUUUUUUUUUAUUUUAUAAAAUAUAUAAUAAUUUUUCUAUUUCACGUUUAACAAACAUGUUUUGUAAACUUUUAUUGUCGUUACAAAAUUUUAAGGUAAUAUGAGAGUGGUUUUGUAAAACUAAUAAAAUAUACAUUCUAUAUAAUGAAAAGUUCCUUUUAAGUCUUCUUUAAACAUUCCAAUAAUUAGUCAUUUCAUAUUAUUUUAGUUGUAAUAUUAUUCUAGUCGUUCUCGCUGAUUUUUUAUUUUUUUUUUUUAUUUUUAAGGAUAUUUUUUAAGUGCGACUGUAUAAUAAAUUCAUACUAAUGAUUUGUCAAGUUAAGUAUAUAAAAACUGUGUUAUUUCUAGUCAAAUUAUUUUAUAUAUUUUACCAAUGUGGAGACCGAAUGAUUUUAACCAAAAACAUAUACAAAAUUAAUGGAAUUUCUACAGUUUUACAGCAUUAAAUUUUAUAACUAUCGACUUAAAUAAUUGGUGGAGGUCGAUUUAAAAAUUUAAUAAUAAUUUUUCCAGUAAAAUUUAAAAAGAAAAUUUUGGAAUCCACUUUUGGUAAAAUUAUAUUUGAAAUAUAUAAAGAGAAUUAUAUUCUGGCUUUGGGAGAAAGCCAAACCUUAUGCCGCAAUCGUAUUGUUACAUUUGAUUGUUAUAAAAAAAAAGAUAUGUCUGUAUAUAAUAAUAGACAACUGAGUGUGUAUUAUAAAAGUUGUUAAAACGCUAAGUUGCCUGUUAUUAUAAGACAAUGAACCAAAUGACAAAAGAUACGACCUUUGCCUGUUUACAAACAAUAAAAAAAGCACGCUAGUGAUGUGCAGUGUAGUUUAUUAAAGUUCACAGAUUAUACCAUGAUUAAUUAUUAAAAAAAAAAAAAAUAAAGAAACAAAGUUGCCUAAACACCAAAUGUAACAUGGCGGCUUGCGGUCGGUAUAUGUUCCUAGAUCCGUCUGUUUGUUAUGUAUUUGUUUUCCAUUAAUAACUACGAAGCAUUUCUACCGUAUUCAAUAAAUUAAAUAUACAAAUAAUCCGCAUUGUUUUCCUUGUGACACCUGUGUGUUCUCGAAUCCAUUAAAUGUGACUAAUGCACAGUAAUUAGUCAUUUUAAAUAUGGUUAAUAACAAUUAAUGCUCUAUAAAUCGUAAAUCUGACCCCAAAUAAAAUAUUGCUGUCACUUAUGGACGGGAACACCUAGAUACCAGCUUAAACCCGUCGACUCAG